CUGCACGGCGCGGGCUGGACGAGCGGCCUGCAGUUGGCACGGGGGGCGCUGGCGCGUCAGCCGCUCGGCUCUCCCGCCGGCAGCCUCGGGAGCUCGGAGCCAGCGGUCCAGGCGGCGGCGCCGCGCGGGGGGCCGGGAGCAGGCGGGCGGGAGGCUGCGAGGCGGGAGGCGGAGGCCAGCCGACCCAGGCACAGGCAGCCCCGGGCGCGCCCCGACCUCGCCUGCAGCCCGGAGCUCCGGGCCCGCGUCUCAGUGCGGCCACAUGGCUCCGCUCCGUGCGCUGCUGUCCUGCCUGCUGCCCCUCCACUGUGCGCUCUGCGCGGCCGGGGGCAGCCGGACCCCAGAGCUGUCCUUCUCCCGAAAGCUCAGUGACUAUGGUGUGACAGUGCCCUGCAGCACAGAUUUCCAGGGACGCUUCCUUUCCCAUGUGGUGUCUGGGCCAGCGGCAGCCUUCACGGGCAGCAUGGCAGCGGAUGGGCCACCGGCAUCGCCAUCACACUCCAGUCACCUCCGUGUGGCCCGCAGCCCCCUGCACCCUGAAGGAGCCACCCUGCAGCCAAGCCAUGCAGGGCGCUCCUUCCUGUACUUCAAUGUUACUGUUUUUGGAGAGGAAUUGCACUUGCGCCUGCAGCCCAAUCGGAGGCUGGUGGUGCCCGGAGCCUCGGUGGAGUGGCAGGAGGAUUUUCAGGAGCUGUUCCGGCAGCCCUUGUGGCAGGAGUGUGUCUAUACCGGGAGUAUCACGGGCAUGCCGAGGGCGACUGUCGCCAUCAGCAACUGCGAUGGAUUGGCGGGCCUCAUCCGCACAGACAGCACCGACUACUUCAUUGAGCCCCUAGAGCGGGGGCAGCAGGACAAGGAGGCCAGCGGGAGGACGCACGUGGUGUAUCGCCGGGAAGUCGUCCAGCAGGAGUGGGCAGAGCCUCGUGGGGACCUUCACAAUGAAGCCUUUGGUCUGGGUGACCUUCCCAACCUGCUGAGCCUGGUGGGUGACCAGCUAGGUGAAGCGGAGCGGAAGAGGCGACACGCCAAGCCGGGCAGCUACAGCAUCGAGGUGCUGCUGGUGGUGGACGACUCGGUGGUACGCUUCCAUGGCAAGGAGCACGUGCAGAACUAUGUCCUCACCCUCAUGAACAUAGUAGAUGAGAUUUACCACGAUGAGUCACUGGGGGUGCAUAUAAACAUUGCCCUGGUCCGCUUGAUCAUGGUUGGCUACCGACAGUCCCUGAGCCUGAUUGAGCGUGGGAACCCCUCCCGUAGCCUGGAGCAGGUAUGUCGCUGGGCACACUCUCAGCAGCGCCAGGACCCCGGCCAUGCAGAGCACCACGACCAUGUGGUCUUCCUCACCCGGCAGAACUUUGGGCCCUCAGGUAUGCAAGGAUACGCGCCUAUCACUGGCAUGUGUCACCCCCUGAGAAGCUGCGCCCUCAACCAUGAGGAUGGCUUCUCUUCCGCCUUCGUGGUGGCUCAUGAGACUGGCCACGUUCUUGGCAUGGAGCAUGACGGUCAGGGGAACGGCUGCGCAGAUGAGACCAGCCUGGGCAGCGUCAUGGCACCCCUGGUGCAGGCCGCCUUCCACCGCUUCCAUUGGUCCCGCUGCAGCAAACUGGAGCUCAGCCGCUACCUCCCCUCCUACGACUGCCUCCUUGAUGACCCCUUUGCACCCGCCUGGCCACAGCCCCCAGAACUGCCUGGCACUGACUACUCCAUGGAUGAGCAGUGCCGCUUUGACUUCGGCUCUGGGUACCACACCUGCUCGGCGUUCAGGACCUUUGAGCCCUGCAAGCAGCUGUGGUGCAGCCACCCCGACAACCCGUACUUCUGCAAGACCAAGAAGGGGCCCCCACUGGACGGCACGGAGUGUGCACCCGGCAAGUGGUGCUUCAAAGGUCACUGCAUCUGGAAGUCGCUGGAGCAGACUUAUGGCCAGGAUGGAGGCUGGAGCUCCUGGACCAAGUUCGGGUCAUGUUCACGGUCAUGUGGGGGCGGGGUGCGAUCCCGCAGCCGGAGCUGUGAUAAUCCUCUCCCAGCCUACGGAGGCCGCCUGUGCCCAGGGCCCAUGUUCCAGUACCAGAUCUGCAACAGUGAGGAGUGUCCGGGGCCCUUCGAGGACUUCCGGGCCCAGCAAUGUUCCAAACGCAACUCCUACUACCUCCAUCAGAACGCCAAGCACAGCUGGGUCCCCUAUGAGCCCAUGGAAGAUGCCCAGAAGUGCGAGCUCAUCUGCCAGUCAGAAAAUACAGGGGACAUAGUCUUCAUGAACCAGGUGGUCCACGAUGGGACACGCUGCAGCUACCGGGACCCCUACAGCGUCUGUGCCCGUGGAGAGUGUGUGCCUGUCGGCUGUGACAAGGAGGUAGGGUCCAUGAAGGCAGAUGAUAAAUGCGGGGUCUGUGGAGGCGACAACUCCCACUGCAGGACUGUGAAGGGGACGCUGGGGAAGGCCUCCAAGCAGGCAGGAGCUCUCAAACUGGUACAGAUCCCUGCAGGUGCCAGGCACAUUCAGAUUGAGUUGCUGGAGAAGACCCCCCACCACAUUGCGGUGAAGAAUCAGGUCACAGGCAGCUUCAUCCUCAACCCCAAAGGCAAGGAAACCAUGAGUCGGACCUUCACCUCAAUGGGCUUGGAGUGGGAGUACUCGGUGCAGGACGCCAAGGAGAACCUCAAGACCAACGGGCCCCUGCCUGAAGCCAUCGCUGUCCUGGUGCUCCCUCCGGCUGAGGGUGGCCCCCGCAAUAGCUUGGCCUACAAGUAUGUCAUCCAUGAGGACCUGCUGCCUCUUAUUGGGAGCAACAAUGUGCUCCUGGAGGAGACGGACACCUAUGAGUGGGCACUCAAGAGCUGGGCCCCCUGCACCAAGGCCUGCGGAGGAGGUAUCCAGUUCACCAAAUAUGGCUGCCGGCGCCGCCGAGACCACCACAUGGUGCAGCGGCACCUGUGUGACCACACGAAGAGGCCCAAGCCCAUCCGCAGGCGCUGCAACCAGCACCCGUGCCCCCAGCCUGCCUGGGUGACAGAAGAGUGGAGUGCCUGCAGUCGGAGCUGUGGCAAGCUGGGGGUGCAGACUCGGGGGGUGCAGUGCCUGCUGCCCCUUGCGAAUGGUACCCAUAAGGCCAUGCCAGCCAAGACCUGCCCUGGAGAUCGGCCAGAGGCCCGGAGGCCCUGCCUUCGGGUGCCCUGUCCAGCCCAGUGGCGGACGGGAGCCUGGUCCCAGUGCUCAGCCACCUGUGGAGAGGGCAUCCAGCAGCGGCAGGUGGUGUGCCGGGCCACCUGCGCAGGGGACAAGCCAGACUCCGUCCAGGUCUGCAGCCUGCCCGCCUGUGAAGGAAAUCUCCAGAACGCCACCAUGAAGGCUGACAUCUGGGAACUUGUGACCGCAGAGGGGCAAGAGGUGUCACGGUCUGGGCCCCCACAUCUUAUUCACAAGAUACCAUCAACGGAGCCCUGCGUGGGGGACAGGUCCCUCGUCUGUCAGAUGGAAGUGCUCGAUCGUUACUGUUCCAUCCCUGGCUACCACCGGCUGUGCUGUGAGUCUUGUACCAAGAAGGCCUUGGGCAUGGAUGUGAGCCCGGACCCUAGACUGUCCUCACUACCACCCUUAUCCACUCCUGGGACCUCCAUGCCAGGACCUACGGUCCCUCCAGAUACUGUGGAGUCCUCUGGGAGACCAACAGGAUCAGACGGCCAUCAGCAUAGCCGACCCACACAGCUCCCAGAACCUCUGGACACAAGCACCCCAGUGACUCAGCACCCCUUUACUCCCCAGAAACAGGGCCCUGGAGCAUUCUGGGGCACAUCCCCAAGCACCUCUGGGGGGCAACCUUGGAGUUGGACAGGGUCACCUAUACCAACUUCUGACAAUAAGGAGCAGCUCAGGGAAGACCCAGAGCACUUGGGCACCGGCAUGCCCACCACCUCCCCAGUCACAUGAGCCUCCUAGCCUAGUCCACCAGUCAUGUUUACACUCUGCUGCCCCAGAGACCCCAACUCAGAGAACACACAGCGGGGCAGGACAAGCACAGUCUUCCUUUUAAAUUAUUUGCCUACUUGGUGUUCUAGUUUGGGGCUGUGACACUUUUUACCCUAUAAAGAAGGGGUUUAAGGCAAAAAAAAAAGAUCAGGGAAAGCCCCAACAAGAGAUACCUCAGCAGGCAGCCCAGGAGUCGAACCUCUCCGAGACCCCUGUCUAUCUCUCCUUCCAGGGGAGGGCCAGCGAAUGCCCCCUCUUCAUAGCCACUGAACCCUGGGCAGAGCUAAAGCCCCACACUGGACCCAUCAGCUACCUGCCUUGGCCAGAACUUGUGAGGAUUCCUGUGGAGGCCCCAUCUGUUGGGCUUUCUGCUCAGAGAGGCAAAGCAGGACCUGGGAAGGGGAGGGGAGCAUUCACAGGGCAUUCUGAGAGGAAGGGGCUAGGGGAGAAUGUAGUUGUGAGGACCUGGCUGCAGGGCUGGCAUAGGUCGAGCCAAGUUAUCCCCAUUCUUCAUAGAGACAGUUCCACACAGCUCCUCCACACAAAGGCAAGGAGCAGAGUCCAGCUUGCCUUUGCUGGUUGGGGGGCUGUGUCCAGGUUCAGCUCUGCCCCUGCAGAUGGCACUUUCUGUUACUUCUGGUGCCUCCAGGUCACAAGGCAGACCCCCCCAAUCUCAUCCUAGCCCACCUGAGAAGGGGCUCGUGACACUCUGGAAUGUGUGGCUUCCUCAAUCUGGACCUUCCCAAUGGUGCUAAACUCCUGGCUAGACCAGGAAGGGCAACUUUCGUCAUCAUUUCAGGGCAUGAAUGGGAGUCCAGCCUGGAAGGGGACGGUGGGAAACAGAUGAUGUGAGUUGGCUUUGCCUUUCCCAUCAUUACCCUUCUACAAAGACCACUGCUGCUGGAGUCAGGGGUCUUCGUCCACAUGGCUUAAGGGGUCUUCUUCAUCCACAUGGCGGGGCCAAAGGUCUGUCAUGCUUGGAUUGUAGGGUGGGGGUGGGAGGAUUCUGGCCUCAUGGCUGAAGACCAGAGCUCAUUAAUAGCCAGGCCUUGUAGAUAACAAAGGCCAUCCAGGCCAAGUGACCCAGGGCAGGAUGUGAGUCUCUUACCCACACUGUAAGGCCUCCGCUGUGCUUGGUGUUACCUCCAAGGCAGGUGACUUCCCUAGGCUCUCAGGAAGCUGCCCUUGUUCCCAGGUUACUCCCCACCCCCACUCCCGGGGUCUCACUCUGAGUCAUACUGAGGGUUUCCCAGCAGGUGAUAGAGGUGCUUUCCAGUUCUUCCUUCCCCAGGGCAAAACGGCUAUUCUGAGCCAGGCUAGAGAAAUAGGAGUAUAUUCACCCUAUGGAGAAUAGAAGCCAGAGACGAAGCUCCCAGGUGCCUUCUCUACCUGCUGCCCACCCCUUCCUGGGAUGCUGGGUUCACACUAAAUCAUUCCCGUGAGGCCCAGCCUGCCUGUGUGUGUGGUGUCAACUUUUGUGCCUUCGAGAUCCAAAUCUUUACAUUUUUAUGUAUUUAUUAAUAUUGCCCUUGGUGCUUUGUGUUGGAUCAGAAAA